ACCACCCAUUUUGUCUAGGCCACCAAGGACCUGGAAAACUUCGAUGUUGAGAGACAUGAGGAGUUCAAGCGGUAUGAGAUGCUGAAGGAGCAUGAGAGGCGGGAGUACCUUAAGGGCCUGGACCAAGAAAAGAGGAAUAAAGAGGAGAAAAUGAUGCAGGAGCUGAAGGAAAAACACCGGCAGCACCCAAAAGUCAAUGCUCCGGGUAGCGUUGCUCAGCUGAGGGAAGUCUGGGAGGAGACGGAUGGACUGGAUCCACAGGAAUUUAACCCCAAAACCUUCUUUAAACUGCACGAUACAAACGAAGAUGGCAUUUUAGAUGAAAAUGAAUUAGAAGCUCUCUUCACGAAAGAGGUAUGAAACGGC